AGGAGCAGGAGCGUAGGAGGAAGCGUGCAGAACGGUUUGGCUUGCCACUAUCCGACAAGGCAUAGAGUGUUUAUUCUUGACGGUACAGCUUCUAUUUAUCCUCAUCGUGUUGUUCAUAUGUAUACGCACAUAUCAUUUUGAGUGUACCAUGUAAAUCCUUAAAGCUGUAUUCUCGAAAACUGUGAUUUUGCUGUAUAUAUUUGGAGUCCUUCAACACCCUUUACCCUCAGCGGACGAUAAUAUUAACGAACACUACUCAUGCCAUAUAGCUAGGAUCUUCACCAACUUCGCACUCCAUCCGCCCACCACCAUGUCCUACACGUCCUACCCCCAGCGUUCAACGUGGCUCGACUUUCUUGGGUUCCCCCAGGACUACGGUCCUUGGACGUAUCGUGCUAUCCCAGAACCUUUCGUCUCCUCCGAGCUUGCACGUCUUGCUUCCGCCCACGUCAUUAACUCCACGACGAGCUGCGUCUCUCUACAGCCAUGUCCAGACCCAGAACAGCGAUCCCAGGACCGUUUCGUCGUCCUGGAGUGGGACGGAUGGUCGUUCUCUGCGGUGUUUGACGGCCACGCAGGGGAAGAAGCCGUAGAUUAUGUCACCAAAGAGCUCCCCUUGUCCAUCCACGCAGCUCUCGCCAAGGCUCUCACCGAUGCAGGUACCACACCCCUCGCGCCUUCCACCGUCUCCACCCUUCUGCAAUCGUCUAUCCAAGCUGUCGAUGACGCCCUGACUGACGCAGUCAAACAGCUAUUCCCCGACGAAGCAGCCCUCGCAGCCCUCACAGACGAGCAAAUCAAGUCAAUCAUCAACGGCCCUACGAACCCCAACAAUCUCGCCAUUCUGCGCUGCAUGCGCGGUACGACUGCGCUCGUUUCGCUCGUAGACCCAAGGAAAGAGAACCUCUGGGUAGCCAGCCUUGGAGAUUGUCAGGCUGUGCUCGGAACCAAGAACUCUAAUGGUACAUGGGAUGCAACUAUCCUCAGUGUACACCACAACGGCACGAACCCCGCCGAGGUCGCACGUAUCCGCAAGGAGCAUCCAGGCGAAUCAGAAUGCAUUAAAUACGACAGAGUUCUCGGCGCAAUCGCCGUCACACGAGCCAUCGGAGACCACAUCUUCAAGCUCCCAACAUCCUACACCACCCGCGUCUUCAUGAACUGCGUCCCCGGCUUUUCCGUCUCUACCGAGAUUGGAGAUUUCCUCCCGCACAACAAAUCGCCGCCCUACCUAUCCGCUCUCGCUGACAUCAAACACGUCGCUCUCCCGCCAUCCACAUCCAACACAUCUGAAGCAUUCUUGAUGUUAUGUUCGGAUGGCCUCGUAGAUCUGUACGAACAUACGAAUGUACGGAGGCUUACCUUGGAGGAGAUCGCCACACAGUGUGUCAACAUUCUCGGCGAGUCUAUGGAUAGGAAACAUGCCAAGGUCGGUGGGGUGAAUGAGGACAAUGCAGCACUAGUGCUACUGAGACACGCGCUAAUGGGUGGAGGAGCGGAUGACCUAGACCGUCUGGCGCAGAUGCUCACAGUGGAGAUACCCUGGCGGUGGAUGGAUGAUACAACCGUGCUCGUGCAGAGCCUGUAAUAUACUUGCGGUCCGCGGAGCGCAUUAUGACGUUGACAUAUACCGGCUGCUAUAACGUCGCUUAAUAAUCAACUGCGGUUGUGCUACUGAU